AUAGCGGCGAAAAUCGGGGGGGACGCAGCGACGACAGUGAAUAACAACACCCCCGACUUCGGCUUCGGGGGGCAGAAGCGGCAGCUGGAGGAUGGCGACCAGCCAGAGAGCAAGAAGCUGGCGGCACAGGGGGACUCGCUCCCGACCCAGCUGGGACCCAUUCACCCCCCACCCAGGUCAACAGUGACAGAGGAAUACCGUGUUCCUGACGGCAUGGUGGGACUCAUCAUUGGCCGCGGUGGGGAGCAGAUCAAUAAGAUCCAGCAGGACUCAGGCUGCAAAGUACAGAUCUCCCCAGGUAAGGGGGGGCCCUGGGAUCCCCCAAUUCCCCGGGACGGGGGGCCCUGGGAUCCUCCUCAGAAGGCAAAGCUGAUGCUGGACGACAUCGUCUCGCGGGGGCGAGGGGGACCCCCAGGCCAGUUCCAUGACAAUGCUAACGGGCAGAACGGGACAGUGCAGGAGAUCAUGAUCCCCGCCGGGAAAGCCGGCCUCGUCAUCGGCAAGGGCGGCGAGACCAUCAAGCAGCUCCAGGAGCGAGCCGGGGUGAAGAUGAUCCUGAUCCAAGACGGUUCCCAAAACACCAACGUCGACAAACCCCUGCGGAUAAUUGGGGAUCCCUACAAAGUCCAGCAAGCCUGUGAGAUGGUGAUGGACAUCCUGCGCGAGCGCGACCAGGGUGGCUUCGGCGACCGCAACGAAUACGGUUCACGCAUCGGCGGUGGCAUCGAUGUGCCGGUUCCCCGGCACUCGGUCGGCGUCGUCAUCGGACGCAGCGGGGAGAUGAUUAAGAAAAUCCAGAAUGACGCAGGGGUGCGGAUACAGUUCAAACAAGACGAUGGGACGGGCCCCGAGAAGAUCGCCCACAUCAUGGGCCCCCCCGAGCGCUGCGAGCACGCCGCCCGCAUCAUCAACGACCUCCUCCAGAGCCUGCGGGUAGGGGGGGGGCGGCCCGGGGCGCCCCGAAACGGGGGCGACCGUCCUCCCCCCCCCACCCUGACGCCUCCCUUCCCC